UUAGUUCGCUUUUCUCGAUUGACAUUUCUUUCAUUCCCUGCCAACCAAAGGCGGAAGCCAAAUUACCGAGUCUAAUGACAGCCAUGGCAGUUGCGAUGAGAAAACUGAAAUAAUACCACCAGCGUAAAAACACGCGCUCACUAGCAUACACUUUCAGAUCUGAGGGACACCAAGAUCCAGAGAUACGAUAGAGUUAGAUUCCGUUUUCUGUUUGGUUCUCAACAAAAUGGAGCGGUUUGUCGAGAACCUGCCGCCGAUGGAUCUGAUGAGGUCCGAGAAGAUGACGUUUGUCCAGCUCAUCAUGCCAGUCGAGUCCGCUCACCGGGCCAUAUCCUACCUCGGCGAACUCGGACUCCUCCAAUUCCGUGAUUUAAACGAUGAUAAAAGCCCUUUCCAGCGAACAUUUGUUAAUCAGGUAAAACGAUGUGGAGAAAUGUCAAGAAAGCUACGGUUUUUAAAGGAUCAAAUUAAUAAAGCUGGGGUACUAUCUCCUAUACGCCCUGUUUUGGAGCCAGACUUUGAGUUGGAGGAAUUAGAGAUACGACUUGCUGAACAUGAACAUGAGCUCAUCGAGAUGAACUCAAAUAGCGAGAAACUCAGACAAACGUACAAUGAGCUAUUAGAGUUCAAGAUGGUCUUGCAAAAGGCAAGUGCCUUUCUUGUAUCAAGUAACAAUCACAUGGUUGCAGACGAAACAGAAUUGGAUGAGAAUGUGUACUCAAGUAAUGGUUUUAUUGAAAUGGCAUCAUUACUGGAACAGGAAAUGAGGCCCGGACCAUCAAACCAAUCUGGUUUGAGAUUCAUCAGUGGGAUUAUAUGUAAUUCAAAAGUUCUCCGGUUUGAGAGGAUGUUAUUUCGUGCUACCAGGGGCAAUAUGCUUUUCAAUCAGUCACCUGCUGAUGAAGAGAUCAUGGAUCCCGUUUCAACUGAAAUGGUUGAAAAAAUAGUCUUUGUGGUUUUUUUCUCUGGAGAGCAGGCAAGAACAAAGAUUUUGAAAAUUUGUGAGGCAUUUGGAGCAAACUGCUAUCCUGUUCCCGAAGAUGUAACGAAGCAGAGGCAAAUAACUAGAGAAGUUUUGUCACGCCUUUCUGAUUUGGAAGCUACAUUGGAUGCUGGGAUUCGCCAUAGAAAUAAUGCCCUUUCUUCCAUUGGAGUCCAUCUACCAAAAUGGAUGAACCUGGUAAGAAAGGAAAAAGCCAUUUAUGAUACAUUAAAUACGCUGAACUUUGAUGUUACAAAAAAAUGUCUUGUUGGGGAGGGCUGGUGCCCCAUUUUUGCAAAAGCCCAGAUUCAAGAGGCACUGCGGCGUGCUACAUUUGACAGCAAUUCACAGGUUGGCGUAAUAUUUCAUGAGAUGGAUGCCAUUGAAUCUCCUCCUACCUUUUUCAGAACGAACUGCUUCACAAAUGCUUAUCAGGAAAUUGUUGAUGCAUAUGGUGUUGCUAGGUACCAAGAAGCAAACCCAGCAGUCUACACUGUUAUUACAUUUCCAUUUCUUUUUGCGGUGAUGUUUGGCGAUUGGGGUCAUGGAAUAUGCUUGUUGUUAGGAGCAUUGAUCCUUAUAGCUCGUGAAAGUAAGCUUAGAACUCAGAAACUUGGGAGCUUUAUGGAGAUGCUGUUUGGCGGGCGUUAUAUUAUUCUUUUGAUGGCAUUUUUUUCAAUUUAUUGUGGGCUGAUUUACAAUGAGUUCUUUUCUGUGCCUUUCCAUAUAUUCGGUGGAUCUGCUUACAAAUGCCGUGACGCUUCGUGCAGUGAUGCUAAGUCGGCUGGCUUAGUCAAAUACAGAGAUCCAUACCCUUUUGGUGUGGAUCCCAGUUGGCGUGGAAGUCGUUCAGAGCUGCCUUUUCUGAACUCUCUCAAAAUGAAGAUGUCUAUUUUGUUGGGCGUGACCCAUAUGAAUCUAGGAAUCAUAUUAAGUUACUUCAAUGCACGAUUCUUUGGCAGCUCACUUGAUAUACGGUAUCAGUUUGUGCCACAGAUGAUAUUUCUUAACAGCCUCUUUGGGUAUCUAUCACUUCUCAUUGUCAUUAAGUGGUGUACUGGUUCUCAGGCGGACCUUUAUCAUAUUAUGAUCUACAUGUUCUUAAGUCCCACUGAUGAUCUUGGUGAGAAUGAAUUGUUUUGGGGCCAGAGACCACUUCAGAUCCUAUUGUUGCUUUUGGCUUUAGUUGCAGUUCCAUGGAUGCUUUUCCCUAAACCUUUUAUCUUGAAGAAGCUUCAUUUGGAGAGAUUUCAAGGUCGCACUUAUGGAAUGCUUGGCACUUCUGAGAUGGAUCUUGAUGUGGAACCUGAUUCUGCAAGGCAGCAUCACGAGGAGUUCAAUUUUAGUGAGGUUUUUGUUCACCAAAUGAUACACUCAAUAGAGUUUGUUCUAGGUGCUGUUUCAAAUACUGCAUCUUACCUUCGACUUUGGGCUUUAAGCUUGGCACACUCAGAAUUAUCGACUGUAUUCUACGAGAAAGUCCUCCUGCUUGCGUGGGGGUAUGACAAUAUUGUCAUCCGAUUAGUGGGGUUGGGUGUUUUUACCUUUGCAACUGCCUUCAUUCUCCUCAUGAUGGAGAGUCUCAGUGCUUUUCUCCAUGCCCUGCGUCUUCAUUGGGUAGAGUUUCAAGGUAAGUUCUAUCAGGCAGAUGGCUACAAGUUCAAGCCUUUCUCCUUUGCCUUGAUCACUGAGGAUGAGGAUUAGUCCAUUUUUCCAUCCUUUUUGCUUUCGGUUUUUGGAAGAGAAUAUACAGAGGUGGGAGAAUUAUCAGCAGCCAUUCAAGCUACCAAGAUGGUUAUUGAUGGAAACAAGGUUUUUGCUAGGAGUAAAAACUCCUCCACAGUAACAAUACAUGUACGGAUAGAACUUGGAAAUGUUGGUUUAUUGUCAGAUUCUUUCUCAGAUUGUCAGCAUGGAGAAGGAUAUCCUUAUAGCCACAGUAUUGUUAUCGAUAUACUGCUACCUGGCGGUUCGGGAUGCAGAAAUGGGAUGUUCAGUACACUAGUUGGCAAUAGGAGUUAGGGAACCAUUAUACUGAAUAGUGCUUCCUUUGAGUUAAGUCUUUUUGGACGAUAAACUAGGAUAAAUAUUUUUACUCCCACACUGCGGAUUUGGCUCUCCAUGUAAUGAUUCUGAUUAUCUAACACAAAGUCCAUUUUUGUAAAGGAUACACCAUUUAUGAAACCUCAAGGCGAAAGCUAAACUUCAUGGUUGUCUUAGCA